CCGAAUUUAUUAUAAAUCUCCAUGAGCAAAAUCAAUCCCUAACUGCAUUCAAAAAAGCUUUAAAUGAUGCUGGUGCCGAAUUCCCUGAAUCUUUUGUUGUCAAUUUGGAUCGUUUGAUCCAAAAAAUGAAUCCAAUAUAUAAGCUUAAAGGUAAAGAAAAAAUAAAAAUCGAAGAAACUACCAACGAUUAUAGUCUUGACGAAAAGGUUAAAGACUUUCCGGCCAUCAUCAAAGAUGAGGAGGACACAAAAGUAGCUACAGACGCUUUGGCACAAUUGGAAGGCUUAGAAGCCAUGCUUCGAACGAACAAAAUGGAAGUUUUGGAAAAAGAAAAUAGCAAUAAUCAUGAAGUUAGGAGUCAUUCACGUUCUCGGAAGCGGGUGAGGGAAAGAUCACAUAGUCCACCCUAUCGCCGAAGGAGAAAUCGAAGUAGUA